CCAACAAUAUCCAUUCAGGAUUCCAGGCGCUUAGCCAGGAAAUCAACCAGCCUUCUAAAAACAUCCUGCUAAGAAGUAUUAAUCAACUAUCUGGCAGAUCAACUCCCUUCAGGAAUUCUUACAGUCAGUCAAGAAAUAUUACAACAUGGAACCACAAACUGUGGAUUUUCAGAACGCUUCAGAUGAAGUCAGAAAAGAAAUUAAUUCCUGGGUAGAGAAUCAGACAGAAGGUAAAAUCCAGAAUCUGUUGAAGGAGGAAUCCAUAAAUUCACUUACCCGACUGAUUUUGGUGAAUGCACUUUACUUCAAAGGAGACUGGUCAAAGACAUUUAACAAGGAUGACACAACCGAACAGCCAUUCAGACUGAACAAGAACACAAGUAAGCCCAUAAAGAUGAUGUUCCAGCAUGGAAAAUUUAACUGGAACUACAUUACAGAAGUCCAGACUCAUAUUCUUGAACUCCCAUAUGGCAAUAAAGACCUCAGCAUGUUUAUACUACUCCCAAAUGACAUCAGCGACAACACCACUGGCCUGGAAAUGCUAGAAAGAGAAUUGACUGCUGAGUCUUUAUCCAAGUGGACAAGCCCAGAAGAAAUGGAGGAAACCAACAUACGGGUGUAUCUUCCUAGGUUCCAAUUGGAAGACAGCUAUGAGUUAAAAUCCACUUUGAACCAGCUGGGGGUAACACACGCCUUUGAUGCCGGUCAAAGCGACUUCAGCGGGAUGUCUGACAAAGACAAUCUGGUUCUGUCUCAGUUUUUCCACAAGUGCUUUGUUGACAUUAAUGAAGAAGGUACCGAAGCUGCAGCGUCAAGCGUCGCCGAUGUAGCCAGCCGAAGCCAAGGGGAUGCAGUUCUGUUUGCUGCAGAACACCCUUUUCUCUUCUUUAUCAGGCACAACAUAACUAAGAGCAUUCUCUUCAUGGGGAAGUUCUGUUCCCCCUAAGCUAUUGCAACUGCAUUAGCAGGCGGGAAGGAACUUGCUGCAACAGGAAGACACCAUAGUCCGGCCACCACACUUUCCUGUGUUUUGAGGGAACAGAACAGUAAAUGUUCACCAAAAGUCAACUUCUGUUGUAGAAACGACCAAAGCACAUGUUGGCUGACCUAGAGUUUUUGCAGGGUCACAUUUCCCACUCUACAGCUCUAUCGAUGGUAAUAUUUAGUGCAAAUAUAAACUGGAGCAUUCAGGAAAAAAAACAACGGAUUUUGUCGAAG